UCGAUUACUAUUAGGGGUCUUUAUAAGUAUAUGCAAGGUCCAGCUACUUGUAAUAAUAUACGUAUAAAGAAGGAUAUUUAAAUACAAAUUGUGUUUGCUUAUUAAGCUAAUGCUACCUCUUACGCUGCUAAAGACGGCUCAGAGCCACCCUAUGUUAGUAGAGUUAAAGAAUGGAGAAACAUAUAAUGGACAUUUGGUUAGCUGCGAUUCCUGGAUGAAUAUAAAUCUCCGUGAUGUUAUUUGUACAUCUAAGGACGGAGAUAGAUUUUGGCGAAUGCCUGAAUGCUAUGUACGAGGUAGUACUAUAAAAUACUUGAGGAUCCCAGAUGAAGUAAUUGAUAUGGUAAAGGAUGAUGCACAGGCUAAAACAAGAAAUCGGUCUGAAAUCAAUAAAGCACGUGUAAGUGGUGGAGUUCAAAAUCAGAAUGCGAGGGGACAGGUUCGAUCACGUUAUAAGAAUGGGCAGCAAAAUGGAGCGAAAAAUGUUUUGCGUGGACAAUCAAGUCGGCCUCUUUCUCAAAUUGCUGCCAAUAAAAAUAGAAAAUGAACAUUUUUAGAUGCA